UUCCCAGCGGAGCUGGCUCAGGAAGCUGUCAAGCCGAGCGCUGUGCAUGUUAGCGCUGCUGCUGUAGCCCCCUCCAGGCUGUCCGGCUGGAUCACCCGCGGAAGCAACGCCGAGUGGGCCAGCUCGGCCCGCCAGCGGCGUCCUCACCCUCGCCUUCCUUCCAGGCUCCUCGCUCUCGGUAGCUCCCGCCGCUGCCGCCCCAACAUCUGGCAGCCGCGCCCCGCCCCGCCUCCCGCGCCCCAGCCAAUGGAGGCGGGGCGGGCUGGAGAUGUCCUACCCUUUGGAGCCCCGCCCUCCAGCCCCGCACUGCUGAGGAGACCGGCUGGAGCACCCCGGGAGACACUAAGGGCAGUUCAGGACCCCCUGGUGUCUCCAAAGGUUUGGCUGACCCUGCGUGACGCAGGACAGACGCGACCUCCUCCCGCCCCCGCGCGUUCGUCCAGGGGUCUCAGCUUUCCAAUUUGUUCCCUGGUGAAAUAGCGGUCUCCAGUACUGGGGCCCCCGAAGCGACGCCCGCGUGUGGGCACUGCGCGCGAUCGUCGGAUCUGACGAGAUGUGGCCCACUCGGGGUCUGUCAAGGCUGGCCUUGACAAUCCUUGAUAAUGAUAGGACUGAGAUUCCGCGCGGUGACUACUCUGCGAAGAGCCUUGAGACAGGCAGUAAGGGAAGGGCCACGGCUAAAUCGCCUCCGGCAUCCCUCUAGGCCGGUCUGAGCCGAGUCCUCCACAGCUUGCCCUGGUCCAUAGAUAUCUCUGAGAGCCAAGGCCCUGGCACCACCCUUCAGUCUUUUUCCUUCAACUGCUCCUCCUACAUGCCCACCCUGGAGUUACUCAGUGUGAGACCCCCCACCAGCUUCUUCAACAACCCCAGCCUGCACAGGCAUAAGGGGGUCUAUGUGGGAAAGGUGACCUUGAGUAGCUCUGCUCGGCUGGAUGCUCUCGCAGUGAACCGCUAUGAACUUCAGCUGCAGUACAAAUGUGGCAAUUUUGUGGUAGCCGGACCACUCUUUGUUCAUGUGCAGAGGGACCCCGGUCGUUUCCGGUGUGCCGGUCCAUUUGCCAGCCCAGCUGGAGAAUUCAUCUACGUGCCAGAGACAGUCACCCCUGGGGCCCUGCUGUACACUCUGCUGCUGCCAGGCCUAGGAGCCCAGAGAGCCCAGAUGAACAUCACCAGUGCCCAAGACCCUCCGCUCUUCCCCGGGCCUUUCUCCAUAGACGAGCAGGGAUUGCUGCGAGCACCAUCCCAGGGCCUCAGAGGGCAGGCUUUCAAGACCUUCCAGCUGCAGAUUUUAGUGUCUUUAGGAAAAGGCCAAAGCUGCAAAGGGAUGCUGACAGUGAAGGUUUUGCCUGCACCCUCCAGCCAAGUCUCCUUCCCACAGAAAGCCCAGAGUAUCACCAUCCCAGAGGAUCUGGUCCCUGGGAGUAAGGUGAUUCAGGUCCAGGCUAGGGGAUUCAAUUUACUCUAUGAAAUCAUCUCCCCAUUACCCAGUCAACUCUACUCCAUUGGACAAGCUGACGGGGUAGUGAGGACCACCGCGCCCCUGGAUUUGGCUGGCGCUCAGGGUGCAGCAGUCACGAAACUGCAGGUGAGGGCCUUUGAGAAGCUCCGGCCUUGGGCCAGUGCCGAGUUCGAUCUCACGGUUAACGUGCGAGCAGUCAACCAGUGGCCCCCACGCUGCCAUCCAGCGCUACUGGUGACUCAAGUCCCAGAGACUACACCGGUGGGCACGGUACUGAGCAAGAUCACUUGCGUUGACCCAGACUCUGCUGGCGGCCCCCUCGACUUCCAGCUGCAGUUCCACAACCCUCCCGACUCUGCCAGCCUCCAUCUUCGUGACAGAGUCCUUGAGGUGAAUACUACACUGGAUUGUGACACUCUUGGGGCUUGCUUCCAGCAUGCAGCAUCCAUCUUGGUGUUGGAUGAUGGCCAGCCCCAGAUGACCACUGAGGUUCCAGUACUGGUGAUGGUAACACCCGUCAAUGAGUUCUCCCCAGCCUGUGUCCCACGAACGUUCCGGGUUCGGGAGGAUGCAGGGCCCCACACUCUGCUGGGCUCCAUGGUGGGCACGGAUAUGGAUUACCCUCAUAACAGCCUUGAGUACUACAUCUCUGGUGGACCCUCCACCUUUGCUGUGGAUCGUCUCAGUGGAGAGCUUCGCCUCCUGGGGCCUCUGGACUAUGAGCAGCAAAGGUGGUACAAGAUCAUUAUUCUCCUGAUUGAUCACAGCCAGGACUGUGACCUCAACCACCACCGCUCAGGUUCAUGUACUGUUACCAUUGAGGUUGAGGAUGUGAAUGACCAUGCCCCCGAGUGUGAGCCUCCAUUUCAGGAACUCACCAUCUACACUCCCCUGGGUCGAAGCAUGGAGGUGACCAAGGUGUCAUGCUGGAUCCCUGAGGAGCCACAGCGCUCGGCCCUCUCCCAUAGCAUCGUGGGAGGGAAUAGCCAGAGCCGAUUUAGACUGCAAGGGACCGUCCUGAUGCACAAUGACACUGUACUGGGGCCUCCAUGGCCAGAGCAGCCCUGCACCUAUGAGCUAUUGAUCCAUGUUGCUGAUGUGGGCCCUUCCACCCCCCACCUCAGCACCACAACCACCAUCAUUGUGCAUCUAGUUCCUUGGAGGGCCAGCACGGUGGCCACCAGCACCCACAGAAGCACAGUGUCCUCAACAAUGACACCCCUGAUUGUGACAGAGGUAGAGGCGUUCUGGAAGCCAGAGCCUUGGUUUGUGGUGGUGCUGACAGCGACUGGCGUAGUUCUCCUCCUGGCUCUGGGCUGGCUCCUCAGCAGGGUCCUCCGGGGGUUUGCCCAGUUACUACAGGCACCGAGCAAACCAGCCAGAGCUCUGCUGCUGAACAGCAUCCCAGGAAAUGAAGGACCCGUUGAGAAACUCAUGGAGGCACCAAGAAUGGAGAUGUCCCAGCAUUUUGAUGGCAGAGCCCACGAUGUCCCCAACUUCCAUCGAACACCAAUAGGGGGCCAGAUGACUCGGACCCGGUCUUGUCCCAUCUCCCAGCAGGAGGGAGACGCUGUUGCCGGGAGAGCUCCCUAGAUAGUCCAGUUUCACCAGUAAAAUUGUAGCAGAGUGAUCUGACAUUGGCGGCUGGAGGGGAACUGGUGUCCACUGGCUUUCUGUUCACUUGCGUUGAACCUCAGGGUUCUUUGUUGAGAAGGGAAGGAGGUGAUGAACU